UGACAAACUAUAUCUGCUCUUAUUCUUUUAUUCACAUUAAGAAAGACAACAGAAAACAGAGAAGAAGUUGCAAACUGGAACUAUCAUGGCAAAGAAGAAAGUAAAGUUGAUAACCAAAGGAUCCCAAGUAACACUAGACAAUGGUUUGGUAAGGCUCACAAUAUCAAAACCUCAAGGAUAUAUCACUGCCAUCAAAUAUGCAGGAGUAGACAAUCUUUUAGACCUCAAGUCAAGUGAAUCAAGCAGAGGGUAUUGGGAUAUUAACUGGAGUUUGCCUGGAGGCAAAGACAGAUACCAAUUGCUUAGCGGUGCUGAAUAUAGUGUAGUUCAAAUGAAUUCAGAUCGGGUAGAAGUUUCAUUCAAGAACACUUAUGAUCCAGCAGCUGAAGGCAUCAAAUUGCCUCUAACUGUUGACACAAGGUAUGUGUUGCAGAGUGGAGUUUCUGGCUUCCAUUGCUAUGCAAUAUAUGAGCGCCCACCUAACUGCCGUGCCUUUGAUCUUGCUCAAACAAGAAUGGUGUUUAAGCUUCGACAAGAGAAAUUUCACUACAUGGCAAUCACUGAUGAGAAACAGAGAAUAAUGCCAAUGCCAGAAGAUUUGCUUCCUGGUAGAGGUAAACAACUUAUUGUACCUGAAUCUGUUUUGCUGGUGAAUCCUAUAAACCCAGAUCUCAAAGGGGAGGUUGAUGACAAGUACCAGUACUCAGUGGAUAAUAAAGAUGGUGGAGUCCAUGGAUGGAUCAGUUCAGGUCCUAUUGUGGGGUUCUGGGUUAUAUUCCCCAGCCAUGAGUUUCGAAACGGAGGUCCUACCAAGCAAAAUCUCACAGUUCACACUGGACCUGCUUGCCUUGCUAUGUUCCAUGGAACUCACUAUAUUGGAGAAGUUAUAUUAGCUCAUUUUGAAGAAGGAGAGACAUGGAGGAAGGUCUUUGGCCCCUUCUUCGUAUACCUAAACUCAACAUCAAAUGUAUCGGAUGCUUACAACUUAUGGCUUGAUGCGAAGAAGCAGCGGCUGCAAGAAGAGAUGGCAUGGCCAUAUGAUUUCAUCUCAUCACCAUACUAUCUGUCUGCAAACGAACGUGGCUCAGCUAUAGGGAAAUUGGUUGUCCUAGACAGGUUUAUUUUGAGUUCUUUGAUCCCUGCCAAGAAUGCCUAUAUUGGUCUAUCAACUGCAACAGAGGAAGGAGGCUGGCAAACAGAAAGCAAGGAUUACCAAUUCUGGGUGAAAACAGAUUCACAAGGUAAUUUUAUCAUCAAGAAUGCUAUCCCGGGAGUCUAUAGACUCCAUGGUUGGGUUCCAGGGUUUGUGGGCGAUUACCUUGACACAAGACUCGUAACCAUCUCUGCUGGGUCCCAAACAGAACUCAGCCACUUGACCUUCAAACCCCCUAGAGAUGGACCAACCAUAUGGGAGAUAGGCUUCCCUGAUCGUACUGCUAUGGGCUUCUAUGUGCCUGAUGUGAAUCCAAUGUAUGUCAACAGGUUGUUCCUUAACGGGCCAGAAAAGUACAGGCAAUACGGGCUAUGGGACAGAUACACCGAUAUACAUCCUGAAUCUGAUCAAGUAUUCAGCAUAGGCAUCAGUGACUCAAAAAAGGAGUGGUUCUUUGCUCAUGUAGACAGAAGAGGAGCAGACAAGUAUCAGCCAACAACAUGGACUAUCAAGUUUAAUCUUGAUUCAGUAACCAAUGGAACUUACAAGCUGAGACUGGCCAUCGCAUCAGCAACUCGCUCUGAUCUGCAGGUUUUUGUAAAUUCAAAGGAUGAAGGAAUGGUGUUUGAAGUGAUGAAUCUGGGGAAUGAUAACACAAUUUGUCGGCAUGGAAUACAUGGGCUGUAUCGGCUUUUUAGCAUUGAUGUUUCUUCGUCAUUGUUGAUCAAGGGUGAUAACUCCAUAUUUCUCACACAGGCCAGAGGUGGAGAUGCACUUUGUGCAAUACUCUAUGAUUACUUGAGACUUGAAGCUCCAUCAUCUAAAUCGAAGUCAUCUGAGGAAUGA